CCUCACAUUUUGCUUGGGGGAAAUCACUGUUUUGUUGUUGCUGUUCCUCCGAUUGAUUGGUUUUGUUGUUUGAUGAGCAAAGGGCAAGGAAGAUGUUCACCAAUCAAACGACCAAUCUGACGACUUUGUCGAAGGCACUGACAAGUCUUUGCAGAGAAUUUGACGCUGUUUCCACUCUGGAAUCAAUAGCCUCUCCCGGUGAUAGUUGUCGAGACAAGGAAUCGCAGAUUCAUGAAGCGGAAGGGUUUCUGGACACUCUAGCAAAGCGAGUGGAUGACGUUGAUGAUGCGCUGAUGAAGUCGACUGAGCAUCUGUUGCCGACAUUGAGUGGGGGAGGUGGACCAUCAAGAAUGACAGCCACAGAACUUUCUCAGAUUUUGACCUCUCUUCAUGCAAUCCAUUCCCAACAAAUCAAGCGCAUUGAAGCUUUGCUUGCCGGAUCGCCUGCUUCAGCAAGCGACGCAACGUUGGAUGAAACUAGAGUCAUCACGCCUUAUCAUUGGUCUUUGGGGUUGCCAUUGGACAAAGUGGAAGAAAUGGACAACGAGACCGACCGAUACUCUUUUGGGUCGGCAGCGUCAUCCUUGCGAUCGGGUCCACGUACGCCCUUUUCACAGAGAGGACCGGGAACCCCUUCGACGCCUUCUCUGAGAGAUCUCCAUCUUAGUGCCACUACAACCUCCAUAUUGACACAGGACUUUGACACGCCAAACCGCAAGAAGAUGGCCCAGCAAAACAACAAUCUGUCGGCCAAGAUGUCUGCAUCUCCAGAUGCUGCAAGCGACAACGAAAGUCGGAACCCAAUCCAAAACACAAGCAACUCUGAAAAUGGUCUGGAUGCUAUUCGAAACUAUCACUCUGGUUCAAUGAGUCAUCCUGACGACGACGAUGAUGAGAAUUCCACUCAGCAGAAAGACAAUGCCUCUACCGACUACCUGCGCAUGCUGCACGACGACGAGGACGAUGACAGUGUCGAUGAGUCUACGCUGUGUCCAACUGUCAUUGCUGAAGAUCGAAAACCAAAGAGUGUCGAGGAAAAAGGCGGUCACGUUGCUAACGAGGAGGAGACCCACUCGGGAGCGAAAGCAUUGGCCACGCACAAGGAACCAAACUUCAACUGCAGCUAUUCCGCGUUUUCCCAAAUCUUUCGUACACAGAACCAGCAAUCCACUCUCUUGGUUGAAGCAAGUGGCGAGGCAGAAGCCAAAGAUACUGUGUUGUCUCCUGAAAUUGAUGUCACUCGAAACAAAAUCUUCCGACCCAACCAACACGACAUUAGUCACGUCGUUGUUCAAACCGACGAUGGAUCACCUUCACAAACUCUCUUGACCAUGGACGGAAGCAUGUUUCUCCACGACGCAGAUGCCGUGUCACACAGGUCACGACGUAUCAGUGAUGCAGCUAGCCUCGGUGAUGAGACCCCUGUACUCGACCGAUAUCGAAUCAUCUCGGACGACAAUAGCAUUGGAUUCAAGGUGCUUCCAAAUGAACGAGGCUCGCACCGAAAAACAUUGAGUGCCAAGAGAUCAGAGACAAACGGAGUCCCCAAAACGGUCAAAUUCCGUGGCGACAGUGUGGAAGGUAAUGGCGAUCAUCCUGCUUUUCGAAAGACGCCGUAUCCUGCAAGGAAUGAUUUGGGCCUUACAUCAGUGACCAGUGAUACUUCCAGAAUUGCUCAAAGCAAGCCAAUCAGCAGUCCAUUUCGCUUUGAGAAUGGCAAAGAGAAUCAAGGUACUGCGCUUUCCUCUCCCUUCCACACAGGAGGCCGCAACAGUGAACGGAGAAGCUUUGGCAAGUCUGUUGCCUUCAAUGUUCAGUUUCAAUCCCCGGCAACCAGCACCAAAGGAAGCUUCAGAAAGACUCCGUUCAAAUCGGGUCCUCCAGAACCCACAUCGAGUUCCAAACCACAUUCUGGCGUUCGGUUUGACGUUCGUACCCCUUCCAAGGGCAUAACAAAAGUCUACCGAAAGACUCCGCUUGCCAAAAUCACAGAACGUGAAUCAAUGGAAAGCCUCAAGUUCCCUGAUGACAAUUCAGGGCAAGGCGUUCGCUUCGAAGGUGACCCCCUUUCAUCGUCGACCCCGAUCAGCAAAGGUGUGACAUUCCGCAAGACCCCCUAUCGACGAUCGGUGGCUAACGUUGAUGGGGAAGACGACGACAAUCUCGAUGACACGAAAGACCAGAUGAAGAGUCCCCGUGCAGAGAUGCCUCCAGGGAUGGUGGCGUCGAGCACGCCCAAGACAAUUCGCUUUGCGGUUGAUGCCACUACUAGUAUGUCUUCCCCAAUGUCAUUCGCUUCAGAUAUUACUGGCUUCACUGCGAUUUCGUACAGCGAACACCAGCGAGAGCUGUUUCCGCGUGUCGAAUCAUUGGAGGAGGAGAAAAAGGAAGAGGCGACAUCGAGAACACCACGAAAGUCGGCGUCCUCUUUGAUUGCCAAGGUUUCUCAGGAGGAGUUCGAGCAGGCCUCUCCAUUGGUAAAGCUGCAAUUCUCCAGAGAGGAAACCAACAAGGCCAUCACCGCGCUGAACGGCGCAGCUUUCCUUCGAAAAUCUGCCGGAGAUUCAUUUAUGCAAUUCACAGAUGCAGAAGCCUACAAAAUCCUUCGCAACUAUGGCUUCAAAAGGCGACGAUGCAAAGGGCUGCUCAUGUCGUUGUGUCACUGGCAGCGACUGGCUAUGCAUCAGGAAUUGGACGAAGAGACAGACUUUGGUUUGGCCAGUAUCUACUUUGAAAUAGUCCAAUGAGAUGGUCUCCUUCGAACCGGCUAGAACCUUGGUUCUACUAUGCGUUCCCUGGGGGAAGAAGACUGGUAUUGUAUCCAUUGCAAGAGGCUUCAUGAUUUAAAAUAAUCUAUAACACAACAUACGUUG